AAAACCGAUGACGAUUUGACUCCACCUCAUGAUGCCAUUUAGCAACAGAUGAGCCGCGGUGCUUGUUCAUUCCGUGCUGCCCACGGUCUCAGCAUCUCUUUCACUCUUGCGCAUUAAAGGGAGCCCUACCCGGUUGUGUAAUGUCCGUCGGGGUCGCGGUGCGCCCCUUCUCCCUUCUUGGACCGUAACUGGGCGGCUUCCUCAUCCGACCUGCGAGCGCUUUCGGCUGGCCGCGAGUCUCUCCAGUGCAUCGCUAUGGAUGUGGUGUGGAUGCUGCUGCUGCUGUUUCCACUCCUGAUGUGGACCAGCAGCACGUUUGUGUUCUAUUUCAAAAAGUUCUUCUACGUGGCCUGGAUGAUGUUCCUGGCCAUACUGGGGAUUCCCGUAUGUUUACUUAAAAGCGGAGGGAGAGACGUGGAAAACAUGAGGAUUAUCCGUUCUAUGGUCCGUCAUGUCAAGUACUUGUUUGGGCUUCGAAUUGAAGUGAGCGGCUGGGAGCACCUGCAGACAGAAGGGCCUUAUGUCAUCAUCUCUAACCACCAGAGCUCCCUGGAUGUUCUGGGUAGGCGUCGUGGUUCCUGUCAUGUCACCCCUGAACCAGGGAUGAUGGAGAUCCUACCCGACCGCUGCACCACGAUAGCCAAGAAGGAGCUGGUUUACGCCGGCACGGUCGGCCUCAUCUGCUGGCUCGCCGGCAUCGUUUUCAUCAACCGCAAAAAGACGAGCGACGCCAAGAGCGUCAUGGCCGACGCUGCCAAAACCAUGCUCGACGAGCAGAUUCGAUUGUGGGUCUUCCCAGAGGGAACGCGCAACCAGAACGGCGACUUGCUGCCCUUUAAAAAAGGGGCUUUCCACCUGGCUGUGCAGGCACAAGUUCCCAUCGUACCUGUAGUCUUCUCCUCCUACAGCAGUUUCUACCUUCGGAAAGAAAAGCAGUUCAAAUCAGGAGUCAUCAGGUUGAGGAUCCUUCCAAAGAUUGAGACAAAGGGACUGACCUCAGACGACGUGUCUUGUCUGUCUGACCAAUCGCACAGCCUGAUGCGUACCGCUUUCCUGGAAAUCUCCGACUUGGUAGCCAAGAGCAACGGGCCCCUAAAGCACUGAAAUAUCGGCAAAUACAGCCUCUUGUUUUUUCUUUUUCCAACCCGUGUCGGAGACCUCCCAGCCCCUCAAACCUCUCUGCUUUCUCCCGGAAGGCCCCGUGGCCUGACCGGGAGACGAGACGAGGACGUCUCUGUCCUCUGACCCGAUCGGAAGAGCUCAGUCAGUCCUGACCCUCGGCGGCGCUCGCCGCGGCGCGAGCGGAGUGACGGACGGCAAGCCGAACAGUACGGAUGUGUGUCAUUCAUGCAUGCCUUCUGGAUGACUUUGUCCGCCUUCAUUGUUGCUUUGUACUUUGGCUUUAUUUCCCCGAUCUUGAACAAUUUUUGCUUUCCUUUCGCCUUUCUCCCUUCCCCCAUUUUUUAUUUUUUUUUCUUUGUUGCCUUUUGUUUAUUGGACAAACUUUGACGGGGGUUUUUUUUCAUAACGUCUCUAGAUAUUUAUGUGCUCCUCUCAUAUUGCCUUGAGUUUAUUUUUUGGCUUUAUAGAUAUACUCACAGCACCCCAUCUUUGUCCUUCCUUUGCUUUUUAGUGUUUUCUGACUUUUCUGCAUUCCAGACUCUUUGCUCAAAUGGCCAGCGGAGCGGGAUCUCCACCAGAAGUUGGAGGAAACGCUAUGAAUUCAACUCUUUUACGUUCACAUUGGCUCAGUGGCGUGACGCCCCAUCAACGAACCGAUCGGUGUCUUGUGUUUGUGUUCUUUUUCCAGAGCAGCAGAAAUAACCGCCGUGCAGCAAUCAGCAGCAAGUUUCCUCUCACGGUCUUCUGUGUAUUUUUUUUUUUUUUUUUUGCUCUAUUUAUUAUUUCCACAUAGGAUUAGAUUUGUUUUCCUGCUUUUUAAAAGCGAAUCACAUGUUUUAGCUCCUUAGGAACAACUAUAUAUUUGAAAUGUGUCAGAAGGCGACUGACUUUGUGUCUUGAAGUGAUGCCGUUUUAGCAUUACAGUUCCAAAGUGCAAGCUACCUGCUGUGCCAUGACAUUUCCUAUAAAAACGUCUAAGGAAUGCUGACUGAUUUACCUUUUACCAAUAAUAUGAAGCCGAUCUAAUGGGCGUGUCACUAAUUCUUAUCUCACUCGAUUAGUAAACCUGUACCCAAUAGGAGUUUAAGUUAAAAAAUCUAUUUUUGGGUGACUGAACUGAAGUUUUUGUUGUUGUUCAUCUUUAAAAAAAAGUUUUUUAGUUUUGAUUAAGUUAAGACUUCUUCUCCAGAGGAAUUACUGCAUUAUUUGAAAUAAAUAGUGAAGAUUUUUGGCCUUAUUUUUGAUUGGUUGCUGUUGCACUUUGACAUUUCGGUAUUUUGUUUUUCUUUAUGUUGUGUAUUAUGUUCUAGCAUUAACUUAUAUUAACCACAUCAGACUGACUGACUUCCUGUUAUUUUUGCCUGCAGGUUUUACUCACUGCCUUUACACUGUCACCUGUUUUGCCCAUCAAACACCGUUUAAGAAUGUACUGCAGUGUUCAAGAUCUUGUUUUUGUUCUUUACUUUAUUAUUAUUAUUUUUAGCUACAGCAGCCUCCAUUUAUUGGUAACCCCUAAAAAAUUGGUUGAAAAUCCUUAAAAAUGUUUGUUUUUUCUCCUCAGUAGCAGAUUUUACACUGAAAUGUCUGCGAUGCAUUCAAACUAUGCAAAUUUGGAGAACUUGCAUAUUGCGUAGACAGACCUCUGACUUAAUUUAAAGACAUGUUCUCUCGUCUUCCCUGUUUUGAAACGUGGCAGAAUAGAAAUGUGUCGCAUAUUACUUAUGUACCAGGGAAACAGAACAUUGUUGAUUGCUAAUGAAAAGUUCCUCAGCAAUCUGAUCAUCUUAAACAAGUGAAUAGAAAUAAUUUUGUUGCACAUACGUUGUAGGAACUUCUCUAAUGUUUUAAAAGGUUGAAGCAUUCAUAGCAAGGAAGCAUACUUCUCGGGGAAUCGUCUCUAGAUUGACCAGAAUUCUGUCCUUUUGCAGAUUUUCUGUUGGUUUUAGGUCUAGAGGGUGAAAUGCAAGAUGGUUGGUAUUGUGUCUGAAGACUUUGACCAAAUACUUUGGUCCAUUAUCCUACCAAAAUACCCCAAUUCCCAAUUUCAAAAAGUGAAUGAUCGCUUGGACACUUUAAAGGCGCACUGGCUGGAAAACGUGCCCGCAGCAUCACAGGUCCUCCAACGUACUUCACAAUAAGAGUGACUGGUGCCAAAAAAGAAAAAAAAUCAGGUUUAAUUUGACCAAAGCACUUUGUUCCAUUUAAACUCCCAAGUAGAGUUUAACUAAUAGUCUUUAAGUCAGAAAAAGUUUUUUUUUCUCUCUUUUCUUUUGACCAUGUAGGUACUGUCACCUAAAUGUCAAAGUUUCAUUAGGUGCUGAUCAACCUUUUUUUUUUUUUUUU